UUGUGAAUGAAGUGCCAAUGUAUUAUAUUGGAGUGUGGUAUUGGUUUGGGGCAAAAGUGAGGAGUUAGGUACCGUGUACUUAAACUGGGUAAUCUCUAAAGUAAUUACAAAUUACCCUAAUUUAGUGUAAACACUUAUUGCUUAUGUUGGUUCUGAACAUUCACGUGAAUGUUGACAAUCAAAAUGUGAAUACCUCUCAGUAUGACUACUGUAAAGGCUUCCCCAUAGAUUUUCCAUGAUAUGAAAUAUCAUGUCCGUUGCUAAAAUCUUUCAGAAAACUCUCACUGCUUUAAAAUCAAAUGGCUAAAGCCAGAAAGUUAGGCACAGGAUCUUAUUUUAACUAUUCUUAUUUUAAAAUAUCGGUUACUGGUAUAUAAGUGCAGGUUAUGUGGAGGAUAAGUCAUUUUGCCCAUCAGCUUGUCACAGUCAUAAUCGCAAUUAGGCCAAUUGGUUCAGGCUUUUGUAGUUGUUGUUAGUUAUAGUACUGCAAACACGUUUUGAGAGUUUAUAUCCUUUAAAUCACGUAUAAUUAUGGACCGAUUUUAUUUUGAUGUGAUAAUAUUCUUCUCGCUUGCCCACUUAAAGCUUAAAAAUAUUUCAAAGCGGUGGAGAUUGUGUUAUAUGUGCUUAAAGCAGAAUUUCUCAGGACUUGAGCUCUAAAUUUAUUGCUGCUGGGACUCAUAUGAUGGCUAUGUAGUAUAGAUUUAGAGAGAGCUUUUAAGACUCCCAUUGACAUAGGUGAGCAGAAUGGUUCCUUGGAAACCAUUUGGGUGUCCAGUCAUGGUAAAGCAUGGACUAAGGGCUCAGAUGCAUAUAGUGCAAGAACAGGAGGGAGGUUCAGGGAAUCCCGUGCUGUUAAAGACGGCAUUUCUUCCAGUCUUUUAACGGCUGCUGUUUUAAAAGGGGGGCAAAAGCAGCAUUGAAACUAUCUGUAAGGUAAAGCUACUGGGACCUAACCCAAAAGGCAUGCUCUUAUGGAAAACUCUUCUUAAUACUUGCAGUGUGGUUCUCGCGGAGGACAUGUGGUAUAUAUUACGGCUCCUGGGGAAUUCAGACCUCUGCAGUGUGGAGUCACCGUGAAGGCUAAUUUCAAAACAAAGUGGUAGCCUUUUGCUCCCUUCAUAGCGCUAUUUACCAGUGUUUCUUAUUAGCUUGACAUUAGUCUAGGACUGCUGUGGGUGGAAAGAGGAAAUGGAAAUUCAAAUGGGACCGGAGUGGGGAUCCAUGAACACCUCUCCCCUUCCCUCCCACCCCUCCUUCAGCAUAGGCUCAGCACUUCACACCCUGGGCAUUGCAGUCUUACACAAUCUUCGCCAAAAGGGCUGAAGGCAGAGCUGUCCAAGGUUCGAAAAAAACACGUUCUGACUGUUGGUUGAAAAUCAGGUAAUAACAGUCCUCUUGGUGAACAAAACUUAUUAGAGGGCAGGGGAAGGAAUGCUAUCUCUCAGCGGCAGGCAAGAAGAAAUUGCUGUUGAAAAGCUUACCUCUCUAGGGAGGAAUCAGAUAUCAGACUUUGCCAAGCCUCAGGUCCAACCCAUAAGGUCCCACCUACAUCCCCCGCCCCAUCCCAGCUUUGUUAGAUUGCUAGCAUCGAUCGCUGGCUUUUUCUGACCCCACAGUGGGUGAAGGAAAGAGAGCCGGCAAGACCAGAAGCAAGCAAGGUGGGGGUGGAAAACUGGGGCUGCUUUUGUGGAGAGAAAAAGAGAAAGGGAAGAAAAGGGGUGGGGGCCAUGGGGACUGAGCUUAACUGGUGCCUGCCUGCUUCUCUUUGAUUUGAUGGCCUUUAUUCCUUCUAAUUGGAUAAAAUAGGAAGUCACUGGCAGUCCUGCGUCGCUGGGUAUACUGAUUUUACUCAGACCAGCCAGCAGCUCUGGAGUGCGGACAGAGGGAGGAGGGAGGAAAAAGAGAGAGACAGAGAGACAGAACGUCUUUGGAUGAGGAGGGGAAAGGAAGAGAAAGAGACUAUGAAGCCGGGCAGAGCUGCGGGGGAAGAAAGUGAAUGAGCGCUCAAGAAGGACAAAGAGGAGUGGUUGGGGGGGUGGGGGCGGAGGCAGGGCGGGGAGGGGAGUCACCGCCCCUCCGGGCCGCACUCUUCCCUUCGGAUCCCUGUGUGAUGAUACUGUUUGCAGUGAUGCUCCCGGGGCAGGCACCUGCUGCUGUGUAAUGAUUCAGCCUCUUUCAGCCUUCGCGUUAACACAACAGGAUGCUGUUGCUACUCUCACUACUGCCUCUCCUGCCGCCGCCGCUGCUGCCGCCUCCGCCGCCACCUCUGGUCCUGCUUUUGCUUUUACUUCUCCUGCAUGACAGUUGUUUUCUCCAUCUAAGCAGACACCAGCUUCAGAUGCUCGAGGUGAGAAACAUGCCUUUCAGUUUGGGCUACUGGUUUACUUAACUGACCAACGAUCAGCUCAGUUUCUAUUUUGCCUCCCCCCCCCGCCCCCCCCCCCGACCCUCUUGACCAGCCGGGAUGGUUUGGAGAAGCAUUUGAAAGAACUGCAAAAGUAACCCGGAAACAGCAGUAAAGAAUUACAGUAUACUUUCAUUUGGUAGUUGCUAGAGGAUUUUUUUUUCCUUCCUCCCUCCUGAACUCCUCUUGCUUUUGAUAAUGGCCUUGGACUUGGAAGACUUAUCGAUUUCCCCCUGUAAGAUGCUGUCUCAUUUGGUUGGGGGGAGCUCUGCAUGGUAAUGGACCGUGAGAGAGGCCAGGCCUUCUGGAGGUGAGCCGAUGGAGAUUUAUUCCCCAGACAUGUCCGAGGGAGCCGCCGAGAGGUCCUCCAGCCCCUCCACUCAGCUGAGUGCAGACCCAUCUCUUGACGGGCUUCCGGCAGCAGAAGACAUGCCAGAGACCCAGACUGAAGAUGGGCGAACCUCCGGACUCAUGGGCCUGGCAGCUCCCUGCUGUGUCUGCCUGGAAGCUGAGCGCCUGAGAGGUUGCCUCAACUCGGAGAAAAUCUGCAUUGUCCCCAUUCUGGCUUGCCUAGUCAGCCUCUGCCUCUGCAUUGCUGGCCUCAAGUGGGUAUUUGUGGACAAGAUAUUUGAGUAUGACUCUCCUACUCACCUUGACCCUGGGGGAUUAGGCCAGGACCCUAUUAUUUCUCUGGAUCCAACCGCUGCCUCAGCUGUGUGGGUAGCAUCUGAGGCAUACACUUCACCUGUCUCUAGGGCUCAAUCUGAAACUGAGGUUCAAGUUACAGUGCAAGUUGACAAUGCCGUUGUGUCCUCUGAACCUUCAGCGGUCCCGACCCCGAAGAAUCGUAUUUUUGCUUUUUCUUUCCUGCCGUCCACUGCAGCAUCCUUCCCUUUCCCCACUCGGAACCCUGAGGUGAGAACACCCAAGUCAGCAACUCAGCCACAAACAACAGAAACUAAUCUCCAAACUGCUCCUAAACUUUCUACAUCUACGUCAACAACCGGAACAAGCCAUCUUGUAAAGUGUGCAGAGAAGGAGAAAACUUUCUGUGUGAAUGGAGGCGAGUGCUUCAUGGUGAAAGACCUUUCAAACCCCUCAAGAUACUUGUGCAAGUGCCCAAAUGAGUUUACUGGUGAUCGCUGCCAAAACUACGUAAUGGCCAGCUUCUACAAGCAUCUUGGGAUUGAAUUUAUGGAAGCGGAGGAGCUCUACCAGAAGAGAGUGCUGACCAUCACCGGCAUCUGCAUCGCCCUGCUUGUGGUCGGCAUCAUGUGUGUGGUGGCAUACUGCAAAACCAAGAAACAACGGAAAAAGCUUCAUGACCGGCUUCGGCAGAGUCUUCGGUCUGAGCGAAACAACAUGGUGAACAUAGCAAACGGGCCUCACCACCCCAACCCACCCCCCGAGAACGUCCAGCUGGUGAAUCAAUACGUCUCUAAAAACGUCAUCUCUAGUGAGCAUAUUGUUGAGAGAGAAGCGGAGACAUCUUUCUCGACCAGUCACUAUACCUCUACAGCUCACCACUCCACCACUGUCACUCAGACUCCUAGUCACAGCUGGAGUAAUGGGCACACUGAAAGCAUCAUUUCGGAAAGCCACUCUGUAAUCAUGAUGUCAUCAGUAGAGAACAGUAGGCACAGCAGCCCCUCUGGGGGCCCAAGAGGACGACUUAAUGGCGUGGGAGGCCCUCGCGAGUGUAACAGCUUCCUCAGGCAUGCCAGAGAAACCCCUGACUCCUACCGAGACUCUCCUCAUAGUGAAAGGUAUGUGUCAGCAAUGACCACCCCGGCUCGUAUGUCACCUGUAGAUUUCCACACGCCAAGCUCCCCCAAAUCGCCCCCUUCGGAAAUGUCUCCACCUGUGUCCGGCACGACGGUAUCCAUGCCCUCCAUGGCAGUCAGCCCCUUCGUGGAAGAAGAAAGACCUCUGCUUCUCGUGACACCACCGAGGCUGCGGGAGAAGUAUGACCGCCACCCCCCGCAGUUCACCUCCUACCACCAUAACCCCGCGCAUGAGAGCAACAGCCUGCCCCCUAGCCCCUUGAGGAUAGUGGAGGACGAGGAGUAUGAAACCACCCAGGAGUACGAGCCAGCUCAAGAGCCUGUUAAGAAACUCACCAGUAGCCGGCGGCCCAAAAGAACCAAGCCCAAUGGCCACAUUGCCAACAGGUUGGAAAUGGACAGCAACGCAAGUGCGGAAGGCACUCACUCAGAGAGUGAGACAGAAGAUGAGAGAGUAGGGGAAGAUACCCCCUUCCUGGGCAUUCAGAACCCCCUGGCCGCCAGUCUUGAGGCAGCACCUGCCUUCCGCCUGGCGGACAGCAGGACUAACCCAGCAGGCCGCUUCUCUCCGCAGGAAGAAUUGCAGGCCAGGCUGACGAGUGUAAUCGCUAACCAAGACCCUAUCGCUGUAUAAAACCUAAAUAAACACAUAGAUUCACCUGUAAAACUUUAUUUUAUAUAAUAAAGUAUUCCACCUUAAAUUAAACAAUUUAUUUUAUUUUAGCAGUUCUGCAAAUAGAAAACAGGAAAAAAACUUUUAUAAAUUAAAUAUAUGUAUGUAAAAAUGUGUUAUGUGCCAUAUGUAGCAAUUUUUUACAGUAUUUCAAAACGAGAAAGAUAUCAAUGGUGCCUUUAUGUUCUGUUACGUUGAGAGCAAGUUUUGUACAGUUACUGUGAUUGCUUUUCCACAGUAUUUCAGCAAAACCUCCCAUAUAUUCAGUUCUCGCUGGCUUCUCGUGCAUUGCGUUAUGAUGUUGACAGGAUGUAUGAUUUGUGAGACUUGCAACUUCCCCUCCGUUUGCUUCUAGUAGCGCCCGAUCAGUACGUCUUGUAAUAGCACAUCCAUCCAAAUACUCUUCUCUUUUGUACGAAGUUUUCUUUUGCUUUCGGUAUACGAAAUGAGUUGUGUCUACUCCGCCAGCCAAAGGUUCGCUUCACUGGGCUCUGAGAUAAUAGUAGAUCCAACAGCAUGCUACUAUUAAUUACAGCAGGAAACUGCAUUAAGUAAUGUUAAAUAUUAGGAAGAAAGUAAUCUUGUGAUUUUUUUUUAAAACUAUAUUCUUCAUCAGAAGACAGCUGGCUCUCACUAGAAAAGAGCAGCCAUUUGCUUUCUUUUGGUUUCUUUUUCUUGACAAAGAGCAACAGUUUGGGGGAGAGCAUAGAACUCGGGCUCUGGCUUGCUAUCAGGGUACAUCCAUCACUUUAUAAGAGGACUCGCCUCACCUUCUGGGGGAAUGACACAACAGGUCAUCUAGCUGAAGAUCAAACCGUGGCUGAAAAAGGUGCAAUCGUUCCUGACUUGGGUUGUCCACUGAUUUUGGAGCCAGGGAUUGGUUGUGUCCUAACAGCUGGAGAUUAGACGUGUCAUGGCACAAGCAAACCAGCUGAAACAGCACACUCAGCAGUUGGUCUGCAAUGCUUCUGCAGUGAAAUGUGCCUGCUGUAUGUGGUGGUGAUUAGUCACCAUAGGCAAUAUUUCUGUUGUAGUGGGUCUAGAAACAGUGAAUGUAUAGAAGGCGCAGGUGGAGAACAGCUGUGUGACAUGAUUGCAGUUUUAAACAGUUUUGUUGACCACUCCCUUCUCCUCAUGAUUUUUCUCUUGUUUUUCGAUGUUGCCUUGAUUAGAUCACAACUAUGCAUGAACAUUUUUGUCAGGAAUGGCCAAUGUGCAUGUGAUUUGUGAUUAGCGAGAACCUUCCACGAGCGAUGAUUCAUCAGGAAAUGUCGGUAGUGUUGAAAAGAUUGCACCUUUCCUUGCAGAAGUGACCCCCACCUGUGUACUGACCUCUCCAUCUGCAGCCCUUAUCAUCCACCCCCUGCCCCACUUCUUACUUUCUGCUUUACUGUCACAAAACAGGAUGAAGACGGGUCUGAACUUUGCAUGUUCUCUGUGAUUGUAAGUCCAAAGAAGGCCUAGAGGUGUUACCAUUGGAGAUAACUGCUGAUUCAGGAAAACAAGACAAUUAAAAAACAAAAACAACGCAGACCCCAUUUCAUGCCCUGCCAGAUAUCUGUCAAAGCCGGCUAGAGCUCUACUUAGAUUCCCAGUGACCUCCUAGGAUCCAUGGGACAAAAUGGGAAGCAGGUUGGCAGGGGGUUCAGAAUACCAGGCGUGAAGUCAGCGAAAGCAACGGCUCCUUGUUUGCAGGUGAACUGAAUUUAGUUCCUCAUCAAAUUUCUAUAUGAACAUUAACGAGCAGACGUGACAGGCAAGGAGGUCUUGGGGAAAUGUGGGCUGGGCAUGAGUCAUGUCAUUAAGCUCCUUACAUGUUUCUGCAACCCACAGAGGUGUCUGUCUGCAGGUCCUGGCAGUUACUUUUAGUAUUGGUAUCCUAACCUGUCCUUCCUUAUUCACAAGCCGCUUUCUCUGUGCUCAGCAGUGUCCUCACUGCUCCUGUCAGGCUGCACAAGUCGCUCUGAUUGCCCAGUUCUGUAGAAACGAGUAAGCUCAUGGCAGGGGAAGAAGACAGUUGACCCAAAGAGCUUCUCUAACUUAUGCCAAUAUUGCCUUUGAAGGCCUUGGCUCAUCCAGAGGCUAUGUCAAUAAAGAAAUUUCUACCGUGAAUUCAAAGUCCAAAAUCUCUGUUUCAGAAAUCUUCAGGCAUUGGAGUACCCAAAGGCCCCACGGUGGAGAAUUCCAGGAAUAAAUCAAAUCUGUUGAGAGCAAUGAACAUAUUCCCCAGUGUGAAGAUAGCUCUAAAUGUUUCAGGUCACAAAUACAUAUGAACAGUUAGGACAAGAGGAAAUUUUAUUUCCGACUUGAUUCUGGUCACUCAGAGAGGUGGCAUGUUAGCUGGGACAGCCUUUCCAUCUAUAGGACCAGAGCUCCCCCUGAGAAGAAAGGACGGCUGGUUCCUCAGGGCUGUGCAUUGCAACCACGAGCUUUGUGUUCGCAAGGACUCCUCUGUGGUAGUUACCACAUCGCUCUCAACCAGCUCUGUCCAUAAACUCAGACAGUGCAGUGGCAAUGCAAAGAAGGAGCGUGAACCGAUAUUCCCAGCAUGUGGCAAGUUUUUGUGGCUUUUCAGGUGGGGGAGGCCACCUGGGAGUUUGACAGCAGCUUUGUCUCCCCGGGUCUGACGUCAUAUCCCAUGAGGGGUAGCGCAGCGGACGAAAAACUUCUUUCCGUCACUCAAGAUUCCUUUCCCGGCCUACUCUCCCUUCUUGGCUGGUAUGACCUUUUUAUUUUCCCCCCAAGAUUGCCUGGACGGCCUCAUGCUGUCUACAAAAUGGCACUCUGCCUGAGAAUAUGUGAAUGUGUCCCAGACACCGACAUACCAUAUCCUCCGUGUUUUGGUGUGACUGUCGUGAUGUAGAUGGAGUUUAUCCAGGGUAACUAGCUCAUAACUUUUUUUUUUUUUUUUUUUUUUUUUUGGCCUGGGUAAAAAGGUGCAUGGCUCACAUUAGUGGAAAUAAGGAAGGCCUUGUUUUAUCUUUUAGCACUGGCUCCAUUUCACCACCCACAGAGAUUUCUAUCUGCAAGGACCCAUGAAACACUGCAGAGAAAUGCAGGCAAAGGGAAAUGGCCACAUAUCACGAGUUCUAUUAUAUAUUCUUUUGUAAAUACACAUUGUACGUUACUUGGAUGUUUCCUAAAUCAUUUACUGUCUUUAUGAGUUAAUGUCAGUUUUUUUUACUCUCUCAACUUACUGUGUAACAUUGUAAAUAACAUAAUGUCCUUUAUUAUUUAUAUUUAAGCAUCUAACAUAGAGUUGUUUUCAUAUAAGUUUAAGACAAAUGUCAAAAAUAUAUGUUUUUUUGUUUUUCUUUGCUUUAAAAUUAUGUAUCUUUUCCUUUUACUUUUUUUUUAAAGAAUAAUUUAUUGUUCAGGAGAAAGAAUGUAUAUGUAAUUGAAACUAUUUGAAGAAUGCACAUUUGAAGGCCCUGAGGUACUGAUAAACUAAAGAAUUUAUUAUCCAAAAUACUAAGCAAUAAGUAAUUGUGAUUUAUUUAAAAUUUUGUUCAUUUUCCAUGAAGGACAUACUGCAAUAAAAAUGCUACUCUGUG